AUGCCAAUGGAUUUUCAGACUACAUCAAGUCAUUCAAACUGGGUUGUGCAAAAAUUCGGGGGUACUUCUGUGGGUAAGUUCCCCGUGCAAAUAGUGGAUGACAUCGUGAAAUACUACUCCAACCCUGAUGGCCCAAACAAUAAUGUCGCUGUUGUUUGUUCAGCACGUUCCUCAUACACCAAAGCUGAAGGUACGACUUCUCGCCUUUUGAAAUGUUGUGACCUGGCUUCACAAGAAUCUGAAUUUCAAGAUAUUAUUGAAGUCAUCAGACAGGAUCAUGUCGAUAACGCUGACCGUUUCAUUCUCAAUCCCGCCUUACAAGCUAAAUUAGUCGACGAUACCAAUAGAGAGUUAGAACUGGUCAAGAAAUAUUUAAAUGCUUCAAAAGUUUUAGGCGAAGUUAGUGCACGUACUGUAGAUCUGGUCAUGUCCUGCGGUGAAAAGUUAAGUUGCUUGUUCAUCACUGCUCUAUGUAAUGACCGUGGUUGUAAGGCCAGAUAUGUGGACCUAACUCACAUUGUUCCUUCCGAUUUCAGUGCCAGCGCUUUGGAUAACAGUUUCUACACUUUCCUAGUUCAAGCAUUGAAAGAAAAACUAGCGCCGUUUGUAAGUGCUAGGGAGCGUAUCGUUCCAGUUUUCACAGGUUUUUUCGGUUUGAUUCCCACAGGGCUUCUGAAUGGUGUUGGUCGUGGCUACACGGACUUAUGUGCCGCCUUGAUCGCCGUCGCUUUAAAUGCGGACGAAUUGCAAGUUUGGAAGGAAGUGGAUGGUAUUUUCACCGCUGAUCCUCGUAAGGUUCCGGAAGCACGUUUGUUAGAUAGUGUUACUCCGGAAGAAGCUUCGGAGUUGACGUAUUAUGGCUCUGAAGUUAUUCAUCCUUUCACUAUGGAACAAGUUAUUACAGCUAAGAUUCCAAUUAGAAUCAAAAACGUUCAAAAUCCAUUAGGUAAUGGUACCAUAAUCUACCCAGAUAACGUAGCCAAAAAGGGCGAAUCUACUCCACCACACCCUCCUGAGAACUUAUCCUCAUCCUUUUAUGAAAAAAGAAAGAGAGGUGCCACUGCAAUUACCACUAAAAAUGAUAUUUUCGUCAUUAAUAUCCAUUCCAACAAGAAGACACUUUCCCAUGGUUUCUUAGCUCAAAUAUUUACCACUUUGGAUAAGUUCAAACUGGUUGUUGAUUUGAUCUCUACUUCGGAAGUUCACGUUUCCAUGGCUUUGCCCAUCCCAGAUGCAGACUCAUUGAAAUCUUUAAGACAAGCCGAAGAAAAAUUAAAAAUUUUAGGUUCCGUUGAUGUGACAAAGAAGUUGUCUAUUGUUUCAUUAGUCGGUAAACAUAUGAAGCAGUACAUUGGUAUUGCUGGUACUAUGUUUACCACUCUAGCUGAAGAGGGCAUCAACAUUGAAAUGAUUUCCCAAGGUGCCAAUGAAAUAAACAUAUCUUGCGUUAUUAACGAAUCUGACUCCAUAAAAGCACUGCAAUGUAUUCACUCGAAGUUACUCAGUGAACGGACAAGUACCUCAAACCAAUUUGAACAUGCUGUUGAUGAACGUUUAGAACAACUGAAAAGGCUCGGAAUUUGA